AUGGCUCCUUUACAACCUGUCGUGUAUGAUACAAAUGAGAUCCAGGAUGAGAUUCUGGAACUAGAGCGUCGGCUUCAAGAUGCAAAGGCACGUCUAAAGACAAAGCAACUAUCAGCUCCACCUCCACCUUCAGCUCACCUCGCACCUUCGACUCACUUCCUACUUCUCCUCUCAGACUCUGCCCUUCCUCUCGGCUCUUUCGCCUUUAGUAGUGGCCUAGAGUCAUAUCUAGCUCAUACGCCUCGCGGCAGCGCAUCCUUCUCCUCCUUCUUACCUUCGUCGCUGUCGUCCUUUGCUGCGACGACGCUCCCUUUCGUCCUCGCCGGACAUCGCAACCCAGAUGCCCUCCCUCACUUAGACGACCAGCUCGAUGCAGCUAUUAUCUGCACCGUAGGUCGUCGUGCGAGCGUUGCGCAGGGUCGUGCUCUGUUGAGUAUCUGGGAGCGGUCGUUCCGCGCAAGCCGACCAGAUGUCGAUGCUCAUGCGCUGCGUGACUUUGCUGCGCUCUUGAGGCGCGAGAGUCAAAACGAGGUACCUCUCGUAUCUGCGCACCUCGCGCCACUGUUCGGAGCCAUAUGCGCCCUCGUCGGGUUAGAGCUGCGACAGACGGCGUACGUGUUUAUGCUGAGUCACGUCAAGGCGUUGAUAUCGGCGGCAGUGAGAGCAAGUGUGUUUGGACCGUACCAGGCGCAAAAGGUGUUGGCUGGACAGCAUGUGCAGAAGAUGAUUGACGACAUGAUCGAUCGAGAGUGGAAUACGCCAGUUGAAGAAGCCGGGCAGACAAUCCCCCUUAUGGAUCUGUGGUUUGGACGGCACGAGGUCUUGUACUCUAGAAUCUUCAACAGCUGA